AUGGCGUCGCCCUCCUACGCUGGUCAAAAGCGCAAGGUCAAUGACAUGAGUUCCGACGAAGAUGAGCGCCCGACUGGCGGCUAUCGUGGCGCGAGAAGAGCCGCCUCUCGGUCCGAGUCACCUCCUAGAAUGGGGGGUUUGGGCAGCGCAGCCCGCAAUCCGUGGAACAAUAUGACCAAUCCGACGAAAUCAGCUAAAGCUGGAGGUGGCGGUGCUCGAGGAGGGAAAGGUCCCGCAGGCAACUCUUUUGCCGCGCGAAUGAUGGCUAAGAUGGGCUACGUGGAAGGCCAAGGUCUUGGAUCGACUGGUCAGGGUAUUGUUAAUCCGAUCGAAGCACAGGCUCGUCCCCAAGGCGCGGGUUUAGGCGCGGUCCAGGAAAAGACAAAACAGGCACGCGACGAAGAAAAACGAGCGGCUCGAGCCCGAGGGGAAACGCUCGAAGACACCUCCGACGAAGAGAAACAACAACGCCGAAAGCAGAAAGAGGCACGAAAGGCAGGGAGAGAGAGUCGCAGCGGCACGGGUACCCCGGGCCCGAGAGCCAAGACCAAAUUCCGGACUGCGCGAGAGAUCGUGGCCGACAUGGAGGGGCUGGAAGUGCCGAAUGUCCUCCAAUCCCUGGUCGAUGCUACGGGCAAGGAGCAACGUGUAUUGACCUCAACAGCUGGGUUGAUGACAUCCCAGCAGUUUGUUACCCAAGAAGAGGGCGAGGCCUUGAAGAUUGCUCAACGCGCUCGAAAUGACUUGGAAGCCUUCGCAGACGAAUGGAAGGGCCUCACCGAACGAAAGAAGUUCAUCGAAAUCGAAGAGGUCCAGGUUGUGGAAGAGCUGGAUGCGUACCAAAAACGAGUCAAUCAUCUUACCGGACUGAUCGCCGCCGUGGAAGAGCUGGAUAUCUUCGAACACGACGAAAGCACCGCCUCCAAGUUCGAGGAGAUGACUGGCAAACUUGAAGAAAUGGAACCCAAAUACCAAGAUAUUGCAGACGAGUACAAGCUCGCUGAGACUGCCGUUGCCGCUAUACACCCACUGUUCCGCCAGGCCAUGGAGGAGUGGGAUCCUCUGCAGGAUCCGAACUUCCUCGUGCCUCAACUCACACGCCUUCAACCUCUUCUUUCUCGCCGGAACGAGAAUGAAGAAUUCCGGCCGCGUUCAUCGACUUCCCCUUAUGAGACCAUGAUAUACACCAUUUGGCUUCCACGAGUGCGGUCGGCUCUUAUGAAUGAAUGGGAUGUUUACGAUCCCGCAGCUGCGACAUCAUUAGUUGAGGCGUGGAAGAAGAUCAUCCCGCCAUUUGUACUUUCCAACAUUCUUGACCAACUGAUCGUACCCAAACUUAGUGGCGCUCUGAAGGCAUGGAAACCAAGGAGCAGCCGACGUCAUCCCUCAAGUCAGCAGGAAGGUCAGUUUCCCUGGUGGCUUUUCCAAUGGCUACAGUAUCUGGAUGAACGACACACGAACCCCUCACAGCCCACCGGUCUUAUGUCCGACGCGAAAAGGAAAUUCCGCGUGGUGUUGGACUCGUGGAGCUUACACCGUGGACUUAUCAAGGGUCUCGAUCUCUGGCGAGGCGCCCUGCGCUCCGAGUUCGAUAUAUGUCUCCGCAAUCACUUGCUCCCACGUCUUGCGCGUCAUCUGCGUGAGAAUUUCACGGUGAACCCGCAAGACCAAGAUUUGACUGUGCUUGAGGAUGUCCUUCGGUGGAAGGAGUUCUUCCAGCCUAACGUGAUGGGUCUCCUUCUGGUGUCUGACUUCUUCCCGAAAUGGCAUGAAAUUCUCUACAUAUGGCUUACCAAUGAUCCAAACUACGAGGAAGUCGGUACUUGGUUCAGUUGGUGGCGUGAGCAGAUUCCGCCAGAAGUCAACGAGCUCACCAUCGUGGAAGAACAAUGGAACAAGGGUCUGCAGACCAUGCACCAGGCCCUGGAACUUGGCGAUCGUGCGGCCGCCGAGCUUCCCCGUCCAACAGCUGGUGCCCAGCCAAAACUUCCCUCCCAGGAGGAAGCCGAGGCCAGGGCAGCCGCAGCAGCCGCAGCAUCUACAGCAUCCCGACCCAAGCAACAUGCUACAGAGGAGCCAUCGUUCAAGGAGAUUGUGGAGAACUGGUGUGUGGAGCAAGGCCUCAUUCUCCUUCCACUGCGUGAGGCCAACCCCCAGAAUGGACUGCCUUUGUUCCGCAUUACAGCCAGUGCAACUGGCAAGGGUGGACUCGUGGCAUAUAUCCAAGGAGAUGUGCUACGGGUGCAGAACAAAAAAGCCAAGGAGCUCUGGGAGCCCAUGCUGCUGGAGGAUCGGCUAGUUGAGCUUGCCGAGGGAAGGUAA